CGACUGACGCUACAUCACCAAGCAACUGCGAUCUGCGGAAACUGUCCUUUCGCCUCUACUCCAGAGAGAAUUGAACGUAUAUGGCAGUAAGAAGAGGCAAAGGCUGCAUCGGGUGUGAUGGAUGCAGGAGGCCCAACUGCGGUUCCUGCAUCAAUUGCGUGGACAUGAAGCAUUUCGGCGGGAAGGGGAAGAGGAAGCUAAGAUGCAUAAUGCGUCAUUGUGAAAAAAAU